CAGUCAUGGAUUGAUGGAUUCUAAUUCUAACCUUGUUUCAUUUGAUUUACUAGAAAAAAACAAAAAAUCUUGGCUAUUCCAUCCUUCGAUUAUAGUUCUAAUUUUUUCUAGAUCUUCAUGCUAAUGGCACUGAACAAACUCAAUCUUCAUCAACGGCCUUUUACUCUAUCUUAUCACCAAAUACUCAUCUUCAUUAUCCAUUCAUGGAGGUGCGUCAGCUAACUCUCAGCUGGUUUCCAACUCCAAGGAACCAACUAACUAGCAGCUAGCUCCUCCAUCAAUAAUUAUUUAUAUGUACAUAUGUAUAUGAGCAUACAACCCCACCGAAUUGGUUCUGGUGAUGAUAUGACCACCCAUACUGCUACUAAUACUACGGCAGUGAUGGAGAAGAAGACAAGAACAUGUAAAAGAAAAGAUUGUGGUGAUGCUGACACGACAAAUACGUCAACAGCAACGGAGACGAAGAAAAGGGCAUGUAGAAGAAAAGAUUGUGGUGAUACUGAUACGACAAAUACGUCAACAGCAACAGAGACGAAGAAAAGGGCAUGUGGAAGAAAAGAAUGUGCUGGUACAAAUACUCCAACAGUGACGGAGAAGAAGAAGAUAGCAUUUGGAAGUAAAGGUUGUGGUGAUACUGAUAUGGCAAGUACGCCAACAGCAACAGAGACGAAGAAAAGAGCAUGCAGAAGAAAAGAUUGUGCUGGUACAGAUACUCCAAUUGUUGUAUCGCUGUUGAAGUUUGAGUUCAUUCAACUACCAGCUAAAAGUACAAUUGACAAGCAGAAGAACUCACUUGUCGAUUAUCCUCAUCUUCUGGAGUUCAAGGGUUCUCCUUGUAUUGCACGUAUAGAAAAAAUAUCAGGGAAUGGAAGUGAUUAUCCUCAUCGUUGCCGUGAUGAUCAUCAGGGUAGUAGCAAUUGCUGCUGUUGUUGUAAAGUUCAUUUGUACGUAUUGAAGGAUAAGGUCAAGCAAGCCUGGAUUAAGGAGGAAAGUUUUGAUGUUUGUGUAAAUUCUUCUCCCAGAUUUUUAAGAGAACUGGGCACCCUGGCACCAGAUCCCUGCUGUUUUUGCUUAAGCAGUACUACUACACCUCCUACUCACAUCUUCAGUUUCUCAGAUCAGAUGUUACUUUACUGGUUCAAUGGGGAAUAUCUUCAAGUUUACAACUUGCGUUCUGAAAAAAUUCAGCUUGUACUGCCUAGUUAUACUAACGAGAGUGCUGUCUUUCGAGCUAAGAUGAAAGAACCGCGACACGUCUUUAUUUCUUCUAGUGAUGAUGAUAUUUAUUGCUCCAAUAUGGAUUAUCAGCUGCACUGUCAUGAGGAGAACGUGCUGUCUCUGGAAACCUUCAUACCGGAAGGAGUGCAAGGAGUAGAUGCUGAUGAUUUCUCCAAGUUAGAUUUGGAGAGAGAAGACCGUCGGUGUUCCGCAUUUGUGUAUAUCAACAGAGGUUCGAAAGUGUUUUAUCCUUCUUUUAAUUAGUACACAUGUAGUAACUUAUCUUGGUAACUGUCAUCAGUUUACUAGAUUACUUGUAGUAGUCAAGUUUCAGAGCUACUGUCAUGCUCUAUUAGGAGAACCUAGGUAGCUUAAAUUGAUGAGUGUGUCAAAGUGAAAUCAUCAUAAACUGCAAUGAAUUUUUAUGUUAAGAAUUUAUGUGAAAGCUAAUUUUGUUUUCCAGAAAACGAUGAUGAAGCACGCAGUUGAAUGAGGUAGAGAGGUGAUAAAGAACCUUUCUGUAAAAAUCAUGUAUACAGAAUUCUGGUUCAGUGAAUUUCAUUCUCAUUGAACCCUGGCAGAAGUGG